AUGGCGAAUGCGCCCUUAAGCUUCAGCCCCAGCUCGCCAAACCCGCCGAAGCUCGCGGCGAUCCUCAAGAACCAAGUGAUCCGGACCAAAAAUGUCCUCUCGAGCCUCCAACUCCGCACCCUUGGCCCCACCUAUGAGGUCUUGUUGGCCCUCGGCGAUGCCAUUAAGAUCCAGCCUAACGUGCUCCUGCAUGAACUCAAAUUUUUGGGACUCGCAACCAAUACUGCCGGCCUGCUUUGA